AAUUCUUUGGAUUGUAAAUACAGCAAAAAUAUAGUGUAUGUUUAUAUUUUUAUGCGAAUGAUAUAGUUUCUCACUCCUUAUUGCUACUGAGAGUGUUUUAGACCGGAUUGAAUGUGAAUAUUUUUCCCAUCGAAAGGAGUAACAUGGAACAAGACUCAAGUUCUUACCCACACAGCUUAUCAAAUUUGAUUUAUUUAUUGGAGUCACUCUUGGCUGCCACUCAACAAGCCAAGGCUGGAGUCGAGUCCCAUUUGCAUGAAGCUCAAAGUCUCCUUGGUGGAUGGGAGCUACCGAAUAAUGAAGUUAUAUCCACCUCACAAUCAUGUCUAUGUGCAGAGACUCAAAAGCAACAGCUGGCAGCUUUCCUCGACAAGGUAGAUAAAGCGGUGAAGUAUUCACAAAGCAUUCGGGAAGGUAGAAAUGAUGUGAAAAACCCAUGGAUGGAAGAUACGGCUAUUAAUACUCGUGAGAAAGAUGUGAAAAGGAUAAACUCAUCAAGAGAGACUCCACCUCAAAAAAGUGGAAUGGGACACAUUAAAGAAAGGUUUCUCAAAGGGAGAUUAGCCAAUGGUCCAUCAAAAAGGCCCAGCUUUAAUAAUUUAGGCAGUGAAAGUAGGACAAGUGUUGAAAAUGAACAUAGUCCUCAUUGUCCACUGCAUAGUGGCAGCCUUCCUGAAUUUUCCCCAAAAUCAAAGAACAUCAACACUGUUGGUCUUGCAGAGGCUCUUGAUGUAAAAGGUAUUCCCCCAGAAUUAGUAACUGUUCUUAAAUCAGUUCACCAAUACAUCAACAGACUGCGAACAACAACACUCAAAAAUCGGUCAGAGUCUUCUUUUUUGAGACAUCUUAAUGCUGUGAAUGAGAAAAGAUGGGAAAAGUUCCCAUGCAAUGGGCUCAUCAGUGGUCUCCAAGCUGUAACGUCCAAGGGAUGCCACAGAAGGUUGCCUAUGUUUGAGGAGGACCAAGAUACAUCACAAAGUUCUUCCAAGCUAGAAAACAGUCUUCCAUACCUUGGAAUCUGGAACCGUGCAGUCUGUAAUAUGUUGUCAGUCAGUGCACUCUGUGUGCAGUACCAGAAUGAAGACAUUUGGAAUUUACUACAAUCUAGAAUGCAACUGCUUCAAUUAUCUCAAGCAGAAUGGCAAGUCUGUAACAUUUUGAAUUUUAAUCCUUUGCUUAGCAAUCCAGAAUUGGAUUAUCAAGCUGCACCUUUGUUUUUAAAGGCUGCAACAGCUUUGUGUCGUCUUACCUCUCUUAACUUGCCAGUUUUGGUGAAAACAUAUCAUAGCUAGUGAUUAUAAUGACAUGUUUUGUGUCUCCCCUGUUCUUCAGAGUGCAUAACCUGUGAUUGUUAUCAAUAUUAUAGUCAAUUUAUUUUUUAAAGUGUGUUUUUUCUUUAUGUGAGAGUAUAUGUUGGUGUUAAACAUUUAGCAGUUUUCAUGACUCCUUGUUUUGUGUGAAAUGAAGUUUUUAUUUAAUACGUAAGUAAAACCGUUUUGUCAAAUUCAGAUAAAAGGUAUUUAAUCAUUCCAUUGAGAGCUUUUAUCACAUGUUUAUUUUCAAAAAAACAGUAUGGUUUAUACUCUGUUAGUUGAAUUAUGUUUCCUGUCGGAAAAACAAAAACAAACAAACAAACAGCUCAUCUUCAUUCUGUGCAAGUUUUUACAGGGGGAAGGUUAUUUUCAAGAUUAGUAAUAGGCGGUUUUCUCUGCCAUUUAUCUUAAUUUACUGCAUUUCCAGUUUUAUGUUUAAAUUUUUGGAAGAGCUUUCUGAAUUACUUAAUUUGAAGAAAUGCUUGAUCUCCAAAACAGCGGUUAGGAAACAACUGUCAUUAUUAUUUUCUCUUCUGUUGAGCAUUACCAGUUUCCUAACAAAUUUCUUAUUGAACUUGAUCUCACCUAUAACUAACCUCUCACCUAUAACUUUAAAAAUUAUUGCUCUUUUAGGAAAUUCAAAUGUAACCUUUAUUCAGAUCCAUCUGCGUAAAUCAGCAGGUCUUGGCAGUUGUAAUGCUGUUGUUUUAAUAUUUUUUAAAUUAUUAUUUUUAAAUUCCGUAAUGAAGAAAUAUGACAAGACAAUGAAAAUUAUGUCAGUGGAGUGACUUGUUAGAACUCUCAUCAUUUUGUUUCUUCUUAGCUGUUGAUGCUAUCACCCUUUAAAAUUGAAAGCAAGAAAAUAAAAAGAAUACAACAUAUCA